AUGCCCGGCAGCCAUUUUUCUUUGCGCGUGAAGCGACCUUUGGAGACUUUGGAGUCAGGUCUCCUGCUUUCUUGGCCGACAAUAUUACUACUCCGUUGUAGCUAUGCGAUGGUUGUCCAGUUUCUAGUUUACCUUCCAAUUCCAUUUCUGCAGCCCAACUGGUCUGAAGAAGCACACACCCCUCAAUUAGUCUCUUGCUGGAAGAUGAGGAAGAUGGCCUUUAGGGGCACUUCUUGUAUUCCAAUUUUGAUCCUCCCAUUCCUGAGUUCACUCUGCCAAUCCGAUGACCAGCUCACACAUGCAAAGCCGCUCUCCGCCAGCGACAUGCUCGUCUCCAAGGGCGGGGACUUUGCGCUCGGCUUCUUCUCCCCGAACAGCUCCAACACAAGCUUGUACCUUGGCAUAUGGUACAACAGCAUCCCUGGUCGCACCGUUGUAUGGACCGCCAACCGCGACGAUCCAAUCGCCGCAACUUCAUCUCCGAUGCUCGCCAUCACCAACAACUCCGACCUGGUGUUGUCUGACUCCCAAGGUCACACUCCUUGGGUGGUGAAGAGCGGCAUCACGGGCGUGGGAGUUACUGCGGUGCUGCGUUCGUCGGGGAACUUUGUCCUCAUGUCUCCAAAUGGCACAUCCAUAUGGCAGAGUUUUGAUUACCCGACAGACACCAUUCUCCCCGGUAUGAGGAUCUACCUGAGCAAGAGGGCUCAUGUUGUCAGACGCCUAAUUGCUUGGAAUGGGCCCAUUGACCCAUCCACUGGAGAUUUUUCUUUGGGCCUUGACCCCAAAUCGAACCUUCAGUUCGUCAUUUGGCAGGGGACCAUGCCCUACUGCCGCCUCAAUAUGCUAAAUAAUGAGUCGGUCGGCAGUGGCAUAUACCAGAACACAAUCUUCACCGAAGUUGUUACUGAAACAGGGGAUGGGUUCUACUAUAAAUUCCUCGUCUAUGAGGGCUCACCGUAUUCACGUGUUAUGCUCGACUACAUGGGCGUGUUCAGGUUUCUUAUCUGGAAUAACCGCUCAUCUUGGGCGACCGUCACCGAGCACCCCGCUAGCAGCUGUGACCUCUAUGCUUCAUGUGGCCCAUUCGGCUAUUGCGACAGCAUGGGGACUGUCGCAACAUGCCGUUGUCUCGAUGGGUUUGAACCCGCUGGUGUUAACUUUUCGAGCGGAUGUAGAAGAACCAAGGCACUGAAAUGCGGCAAGCCAAGUCAUUUCGUGCCCUUGCCUAGGAUGAAGGCCCCUGACAAGUUUUUACAUGUCCUCAACAGAAGCUUUGACGAAUGCACGACCGACUGCAGCAACAAUUGCUCAUGUACAGCUUACGCCUACACAAACUUGAGCAGUAACGGCGCUACGGCCGACCAGUCAAGGUGCUUGCUUUGGACAGGGGAGCUUGUCGACACAGGGAAGUAUAGCAACUAUGACGACAAUCUGUAUCUUCGGCUUGCCAACUUUCCUGUUCGAAAUAAUAGCAAAUUGGUAAAAAUUGUAGUCCCAACCAUGGCUUGCGUGUUGAUACUCGCAUGCCUCUUUGUCGGGAUAUUCAAAUACAGAGCAAGCAAACCAAAGAAGUAUGGAAUCCACAAUGGAGCAAUGCUAGGUUACCUUAGCUCGUCUAAUGAGAUUGGAGGUGAACAUGUGGACUUCCCUUUUGUUAGCUUUGAAGAUAUUUCCACUGCAACCGAUAAUUUCUCUGACUCUAAACAAAUCGGAAGUGGAGGUUUCGGCAAAGUUUACAAGGGAAUCCUUCAAGGGGACAAUGAAGUUGCUAUCAAAAGACUUAGUAAGGGUUCUGGGCAAGGGAUACAGGAGUUCAGAAAUGAGAUAAUUCUGAUUGCCAAAUUGCAGCACAAAAACCUUGUUAGACUUCUUGGUUGCUGUAUUUUUGGGGAUGAGAGAUUACUUAUAUAUGAAUAUUUACCAAACAAAAGCUUGGACGCCUUCCUUUUUGAUGAUACAAGACAAUAUGUGCUUGAUUGGCCUACACGCUUCCAAAUAAUUAAAGGGGUGGCUAGAGGUCUUCUUUACCUCCAUCAAGAUUCAAGAUUAACUAUAAUUCACAGAGAUCUCAAACCAAGCAACAUCUUGUUGGAUUCCGAAAUGACUCCCAAAAUAUCAGAUUUCGGUAUGGCAAGGAUCUUUGGUGGAAACAAACAAGAAGCAAAAACUACCCGGGUUGUUGGGACAUAUGGUUACAUGUCGCCUGAAUAUGUUAUGGGAGGCGCCUUUUCUGUAAAAUCCGACACGUAUAGCUUUGGUGUUCUUCUCUUGGAGAUUGUAAGUGGCUUGAAGAUCACCUCACCGCAACUGGUAGAGAACUUUGUCAGCCUAACAACUUAUGCAUGGAGACUAUGGGCAGAUGGAAAAGCAAGAGAACUGGUGCACUCUUCAUUUGUUGAGGAUUGUUCACUAAAUGAAGUUGUACGGUGUAUUCAAGUCUGUCUCUUGUGUGUUCAAGACCGUCCGGAUGAUAGGCCACUCAUGUCAUCGGUAACUUUUAUGCUGGAGAAUGAAAGUGCGUCGCUUCCAGCACCAAAGCAGCCAGCAUAUCUUGGUCUACAGAAUUUCGAAAGUGAAGAAUCAAGGGAGAACUCUAUGAAUACAGUGAGUAUCACAGCAGUCGAGGGGCGUUGA